CUGUAUUAGUCGUAAAUAAAUUGAAUUGUGAUCAAAUCUGCUAUCAAGAACAGUGUUUGCCUAUCUUGUUCCUGGGAACAAUACUUCAAGAUAACAAUGGCACAACCGACUAACAAUAGUCCUGUUUCUGGAGACCCGAAUGAUUCAAUCUUCAACUGUGUUGCUUGCGAAAGACCUGAUAGUGCUGAUAACGUCGUAGCCUGCGAUCACUGCGAUAACUGGUGGCAUUACUCGUGCGCCGGAGUUUCAGACACCAUCGCCGAUCGAAGCUGGAUCUGUUCUAGAUGCCUUCCUUUACCCGUUGCCCCGGGUUCUACCUCGUCUAAAAUGACGUCAGCUAGUCGUCGACAAAGGUUACAAUUGGAGCUCCAACACUUAGCCGAGAAACAGGAGUAUGAGAAGAAGCAACAAGAGUUAGAAUUGCAAAAACGAUUCUUAGAGCAAAAAUGCAAGUUGCUUGAGGCAACCAUAGAGGCAAACGACGAUGACGAUCGCCGUAGUGUAAAAAGUCGAGUGAUCGAGAUCGAAUCUCGAAACCGUACGAAAUCAGUCGCUAGCUGGAUAGAAAGUCAUGCUACGACAACGAAUCAAAAUGCAUCAGGUGUCAAAAUUACGAUCAAUGAAGAAGAGGAAGAAAGAAAAAGGAGACCUACAAUUGCGAGUAAAAUAAAUCAAGCACCAAAAAGCUUAGUGGUACAUGGAAGAGAAAAAUUAAGUAUGAGCGAUUUUCAAAUACUUCACCAGCAACUCGAUAAGUGUCAGCAAAGCUCUGUACCGACCUCAGAACAGCUUCAACUUUUACGAGAAGCAAUUGAGAGAUGUCAGCUGCAAACGGAAAUGAACCCUAAAGGAGAUAUAGAUAUACCAAUACCAAUACGUCAACAAAAAUCACCAAGGCUGACACCUAUGCUUCCUCGUAUCAUGCCUCCUGUGGUAGAAUAAUCCAGCCACAAGAGAGAAUAAUAAAAAUAUAUACAUCGUGAAAUAAAUAUUAUUGAAUUACUUAGUAAUCCAGAUAAAACUCAAAUUAUAUUGUAAACAAUAAUUAUAUUGUUUUACUAAAUGACGCAAUGUAGUUUCAGCAUAUUUAUAGAUUGUAGUCUAAAUUCUAAAAAACAACGGUAAUUAUUGCGAUACAGACAAAUCUCAAUCUAAGUAGUCUGAAAGCAGAAAGAAAAAAAAUGACAGGAUUGACUCGACGAAUUCCAUAAAGAACGGAAGCAUUUUCCUCCUGAAAAUUGAAAGGAUGAACAAAGAUAGCAGAAUUCCAAGAAAAUAUCACGACAAUGGCGCAGCACCGUAAACUCCCGAAAUACCCUGCCACCAACAUAGAGCCAAAUCUCUUCAGUUCAGCAACGCCAUCGCACAGUAUCACAUUCAACAUGUCAUGUAAAAUGUAUGGGUGUCAAGUGCUGUUAUUUUCACGGGCGCGCGUUAGACAGGAGAUGGUUUACAAAAAAAGUAUAUCGCGGUAAAGUAUGGACAACGUGAAUCAACAUCACAAUCAGCAAUGGUAGCAGCAGUAAGAACCGGACACACGAAGCAGUGGUCGUCUAGAUCAAAUUUUGCUACGAAGACUAGAAAUCGAUAUCUUCCCUACUCUCAAACCAGGUCAAGUAACAAUCAGCGAUUUGGCCAAUCUACGGGAUGGCUUGUGAAUAACAUUGAAACAUACGAAAGAAAGGCAAAAGAUUUGAACGACCAUCAUCAAUCCAGCAGAUGUUGGAGAUGCUUCAGCUUCUUUCAUUUACCUUCGGAUUGUGGAGCAGCAAAUCUUGUAUGUCGGAAAUGCGGUCGAUUGGGCCACAUUCAGAGAGCCUGUCAAGCGUCAAUUCCAGGAAAUUCAAAGCGCGUGGCAGUCAAAGAGAUUUCGGAAGUUGAACCGAAAAUGUCCAAAAACGAGAUGGCCGAGGAAAAAGAAGAAAUUUCAAGAUCAGAGGAUCAAGUUAGUGAUCAAUUUGAAAAUUAAUAUUCUGAUACAAUAUCUGAGUACAGUAGAUAAUAUUUGAAAACGAAAUAAUCAACUUUUUUUGUAUGAUUCAAUAGA